CAAAAUGGCGCGAAAAAUCACGUUGUGUUUGAUUUUGAUGAUGGUGGUGUGCCUUGUCUAUGGUGCGGGAUCAGAUUGCGAGCUUCCAAAAGAGGUUGGAAAUUGUAAAGGCAGAAUGAAAAGUUUCUACUUCGACAUAACGAGCCACAAGUGCCGGCUGUUUAUGUAUUCGGGCUGCGGCGGCAACGGGAACCGCUUUAACUCCCGCGACGAGUGCCAGUUCGCCUGUCACUACUUCAUGGAGCUCCGGCCAGGCAACGCGCCGGGACCACAGAUUACUAAUAUGUACCUGCCUGGACCUGAGGGUCCUGAGGUGCAACCGCAAGAAUCUUAGACCUGAUUUUAGUCACAUUGCGGGCUGUUGAGGUUACACACACUUUUGCACGGCCAUGAAAUACCGCAAUGUA